UCCCCUGUGUUAGCUAUGAUUUCAAUGAAAAUGUCAGCCAGUUGGGAGGCAGAAAAAUCACUUUGUCACAUUCAAAUUGGUCAGAUAAUUCUUGACAGACCAAUUGAUUUGGGCGAAAAUCCUUGUAAUGGAGUUUAUUUGGCUCUCCGAAUGCGAGGAAACGCUCGAAGAAUUUUGCGCUCUCCCGAAAUCAGUCUGAUUGUUCCUAAAACCAGUCAAAGCUGCCCAAAUUCAUACUCACCGGGCAGUGGUGGAUAUAUACUUAUUGAUCUAAAUUGUACCAUUCAAUAUUCACAUGUGCUCAAAAUGGACUCAAAUAUCCUCCAAAUACUUCUCCAAAAGAGAAAGAAAUAUAAAAACACCACAAUGAAUUUGGGGUAUAAAACGCUGGCUUAUUGCAAUAUAAAUCUAUCUCAGGUAUUUUUGCUUAAUAUUUUGAAUGGAAUUUCAUAUUUAUUUUCACUUUAG